GUUCAUCAUAGUCCAAUGCUGUCGCAAGAGUCAAUUAUGGCUCCCAAUACAAUUGUUGUCUCUCUGAGUGUGUGUGUGUGUGUGUAUAAACUGAUACAAUAAGAUAUCAUAAGUGAUAAAAAAACCUAGAGAGAUGGAGAUGGUGGAGGAUGUGGUGAUUGUUGGGGCAGGGAUAGCAGGGUUGGCCACAGCGGUGGCUCUGAAGAGAGUUGGGGUGCGAGCUUUGGUGUUAGAGAGAUCGGAAGGGCUCAGAGCCACCGGUGCAGCCCUCGGCCUCUUCCCAAAUGCAUGGCUUGCACUUGAUGCUCUUGGUGUUUCUCAUAAGCUCACUUCCGUUUACAAUCCUUCCAAAAGGGGAUACAUAACUGAUGUUGGCAAUGGAACUAUCCAAGAGGUCUCUUUUGGUGCGACAGACAGGGAUGAAAGUGGACCAACGUUCGUGCACCGUAAAGCGUUGCUAGAAGCUCUUGUUGAAGAACUGUCAGUUGACACAAUCCGUUUUUGUUCAAAAUUAACCUCCAUUGAAGCCCACCAACAACAAGGCACGUCCAUUGCUAUCAUACACUUAGAAAACGGAACUAUCAUAAAAGCAAAGGUUCUGAUAGGGUGUGACGGGGUUCACUCGGUGGUGGCUAAUUGGUUGGGACUUGGUGCACCAGUGGACUCUGGUAGGUCAGCAGUUCGUGGGCUAGCCAUAUAUCCUAAAAGCCAUGGGUUGAAACAAGAAUUCCAACAGUUUGUAGAUGUGGGCAAAAAGGGUGGUUUGGUUCCCCUCAAUGAUAGAGAGCUUUACUGGUUCUUUGCUUGCAAUUCUACUUCUAAAGGGAAAGAUAACGCGGGAAAUCCAAAAUUGAUACAAAGAGAACUCAUUGAGAACUUACUCAAGGAUUUCCCUCCGAUAUACUUUGAUGUCGUUGAGCACUCUGAUCUCUCGAUGCUGACAUGGGCCCCUCUCAUGUUUAGGCGUCCAUGGGAUAUCAUACUCAAGAAUGCAAGCAAGGGGACCAUCACCGUGGCAGGAGAUGCCUUUCACCCUAUGACUCCUGAACUAGCCCAAGGUGGUUGUUCAGCCCUGGAGGAUGCAGUUGUCAUAGGCCGACACAUCGGGGAAGUAUUUAUCCGGCAUGGAAGGCUCGUGCCACGAGAGGCAGCCGAAGCUGUAGCAAGGUACGUUAAGGAACGGAGAUGGCGUGUUGCCGGAUUGAUCACUGGCUCAUAUUUGUCAGGGUGGGUGCAACAAAAUACUUCUGGGUGGUGGAUGAAGUUCUUAAGGGAUGCCAUAUUUUACAAGCUUCUUUACCCCAAAACAGUGGGUGCUGUAACUUAUGAUUGUGGAAAGUUGCCUAAACCUUCUUCUCAUAGUCAAUUGGAGGGCCAAAGUCUCAAAAUUUAAUUCUAUAAUGAGAAUAUUACUGGUGGAAUUAUAGGUGAGAAAUUAGAGACCAUUCUAUUAAUAAUUAAUGUUUGACAUUCAUAUCAUAUUAAUUUCCUGUUUGCCCAAUAUAUUGUUUUUUUCUUCUUUAAUUUUAUUUUCUUUGUUUGGA